CACAGCGUGGACUCGUUCCAAGGCUCCGAAGCGGACGUCGUCGUCGUCAGCGCGGUGCGACGCAACGACCGCGGCGCCGUCGGAUUCCUGGACGACCGCCGUCGCCUCAACGUCGCGUUGACGCGCGCGAAACGACUCUGCGUCUUCGUCGGAUGCGCGGCGACGCUCGAGAAGAGC